GCGGCGCGGGCAGCCCCUUUCGGCUCCCGCCGCCUGGCCAAGAUGGCGCCCAAGGCGAAGAAGGAGGCCGCGCCCCCCAAGGCAGAGGCGAAGGCCAAGGCGCUGAAGGCCAAGAAGGCCGUUCUGAAGGGGGUCCACAGCCACAAGAAGAAGAAGAUCCGCACGUCGCCCACCUUCCGGAGACCCAAGACCCUGCGCCUGCGGCGGCAGCCCAAGUACCCCCGGAAGAGCGCCCCACGGAGAAACAAGCUUGACCAUUAUGCCAUUAUCAAGUUCCCUUUGACCACAGAAUCAGCAAUGAAGAAGAUAGAGGACAACAACACUCUGGUUUUCAUCGUUGAUGUCAAGGCCAACAAGCAUCAGAUCAAGCAGGCUGUCAAGAAGUUGUAUGAUAUCGAUGUGGCCAAGGUCAACACAUUGAUUAGGCCUGAUGGGGAGAAGAAGGCUUAUGUUCGCCUGGCUCCAGAUUACGAUGCUCUGGAUGUAGCAAACAAGAUCGGAAUCAUCUAAAAUGCUUCUGCUGAGGACUGUACAGAUGGGAUAAUAAAUCCUGUUAAACUAG